CGCCUCCCGCCCGUCGCUCCCGGGGUCACGGUUGGUGCUGCCGCCGCCUCAGCCCCUGCGGUUCCGUUUGUGGCCAUGGCGAGCGGCCCCGCUGAGGAGGAGGCGGCAGAGGAUCCAUCUGGGGGUCCCGGGGAGCCGUGCCGUGUGGCGGCGGGGUGCUCCUGGUCCUGCGAGCCGCCCGACGGCCUGGCCCGAGCGGUGUGCCUGCAGCGGGGCGAGGGCGGCGGCGAGGAGAGCACCGAGGCCGUGGUGGUGGAGAGACGGGCGGGCAGCGGGAACGAUUCGGCCUGCGUGCUGCAGCUGGAGUGCCGGCCCCCAGGAGCCGGUGAGAUGGUGUCUGUGGGUGUCCUGAGCGAGGCCCGGAACAUGGAGGUGUACGUGGGAGAGGAGUACUGCGGGACAGGCCGCGGAGAGAGCAUCGGCACCUCCCGGGGCAUGGGCGAAAGUGAAGAGGUUACUUUAUACAAGAAGUACCUUAAGUUCGAAUGCCCUGCAGCCUCCUGUAGAAUUAAGCUGCUUUCCAUCGGGGAUAAACAAAGAGUACUCAUCAGUAAAAUAAUUGUAGAGGUGAAAACAGUAUCUGCAAAACUAGCAACUGAUUUUCCUCCACUAGGCUCAAGCAUAGAUCUAAACAGAGUGCAAACCAUCAUGGAAUCCAUGGGAUCUAAGCUGUCUCCAGGUGCUCAGCAGCUCAUGGACAUGGUCCGAUGUCAGCAGAAGAACAGUUUACCUCUUGGAGACAAACUUCAUUGGAUCUUUGGGAAAAAUUCAGACUUUGGAGGUGACCAUGCAAUAGAUGGAUUGUGUGGUGCAGCUCUUCAGACAUCACUAGAUCAAUCAGCCAGUGACUCCUUGCCUGUUAGAAACAACUUAACAAGUGAAGCAGUGCAUGAAGACCUCAAAAUGAGGGAUGAUCUGAACACACAGAUACCCAAAAGAGGGAAUAUUUCUGCUUCUGAAAGACUUCCUACCCAUCAAAACACAGUUGACCUUGGAAAUUAUGUUAAAAUCCUGGGAUCUUUGCAUAUGCAGGAACAAGGGGGUGAAACCCCAAACGUAGCUCGUGCACAGGUGCUUCUUCCUUUUCUUCAAAACUUGUGUAGUCAGGUAAAUCACCUGAGGCUGAGAGAUGGUGAGAAGCAUUUUGGAAAAACAGUGAUGAAAGAGGAAGAUGUUCAGUGUGUUGGAGCAGAACAACAGCCUAUUUGCUCCUAUUUGGAAAAGAUCAUCUCAAAAAAUAUGGAUCUGAUGGAGAAAAAACUAAUGGACUAUAUUGAUCAGCAAAUCCAGGCUCUUCAGACACAUAUAGAUAAUAAAAUGGUUCUCUUAAUGGACUUGGUUCAGAGCUCAAAGCCAAACAAAAUUUCCCAAGCACACUAUGAGUCUAAUGAAGGGUUCUCUAAUGGAGAGAGGUAGAUGUGUAGAGAUACAGGAGUUAAGUGUAAGUAUUUUAAGGGCAAUUAUACUUUACAGAGCUUAGUAUUUAUGGAGUUGUAACUGUAAAGAACCUCAGUGUUGCUAACUUGCAUUUUGUUACUGUAAUUCUCUCCACUGUUGUACACACUUGUUGGUUUUUAUGAAAGAUCUUAGGACUGUGUGUGUUUUCCUAAAUACAGAAAUUUUGUAUGCCCUUUUUGGCUUAUUUAUUUAAAAACCAUCACUAAAACCUGCAUAAAAGUGCCCAGUUUGAACCAUGAAGUACUCUAAAUAAACUGAGUUACAGCAUAGCUUUUCACCUCCA